AUGCCCAAACGAAAGGCUCCUUCAAAGCUCUCUGGCCUUGUUGGCUCAGACGACGAGGACAUUUUACAAUUUACUGAGAACGAGAAUGUUCCCUCCCAAGAACCUCAAGAGGAGCCGCCCGCGAAGAAACGUAGAGGCCGACAACAAACAUCAAUGGAGAACGCGCCGCCGACCAAAGCUUCCACCUCUACCAGGAGACUUGCACCCGCUCAAACAGUACAAGAAGAUGAUGAUGAUAAUGAAGAAGAGCCUGCACCUAAAAAAGCGCCUGCUCGGCGUGGGCGGCCGCGCGGUGGCAGUCGCACCUCGGAGAACACCGUGUCGCAUGCGCGCCUGUCCGUGACACAAGAGCCCGAGGAUGAGGACGUCAACGACCAGGAGAAUGAAGAUCCUUUGGCGGCCAAGCAAGCGGCUUCCAAGACCACGAGAGCUAGCAGACCCGCGACCACAGCAACACGUGGACGAGGCAGAGGUCGAGCAAGCGUCACUCGGCCGGUGCAAACGGAUGGGGAAUUCGAGUACACACCAACACGUGCCAUUCCACAGCAAAGGAUACCCGAAGUGAGCGAGACGCAGCAGACCGAUGGACCAGCAGAUGAUGUCGUGGAUGAGUCUAGGCUCCAUUUUGACCAGCAAUCUGCUCCCUACGUGCCAUCAUCUGUUGUGAAAAAUGCUAGGGCACGACUAACUACGUUGAAGAACAUUCGCGACCUCUCCCCCAGUAAGCGCAAGUCCGGCGCGGCUGUUGACCAAGGCGGUGAUCCGGACUUGAGGCGUAAGAUUGGUGAGAUUACCAAGAAGCAUGAUGCGUUAGAGUCCAGAUAUCGCAAUCUACGUGAGAUUGGAGUCGUAGAGGCCAACACAAACAUGGAGAAGCUACGUAAGCAGUGUGAGAAUAUCACUACAGCGUCUAACGAACUUAUUGCUUCGCUCAGAUCCGAGCUGGAAGCGCAGCGGACCUUGGGCUCACAGAGUCGCACACUGCAGAAGCAAUCGAAGGAGCGGGAUGCCGAAAUUGCCAAGCUCAAGGCCCAAGCAGACGAGGCGCGCUCUCAACUCGCCUCCUCACAAUCCGAGAUCAAGGCGCUACAGACGAAGCUUGCAGCCGCACGCAACACGGUUGCCAGCCUCGAGGCAACUAAGGCCCCAGGAAGUGCCAUUAAGGGUGGCGCAGCUAACCGGGCAACCGCCGCUGCUACUGCCGAGGCGGCGCAGGUCGCCCAGCUUGCGCAACUGAAGGAGGAUCUCUAUACUGAUUUCACUGGAUUGAUAAUCCGCGAUGUCAAAAACCGCGAGACGGACCAUCUCUACGAUUGUAUUCAGACCGGCGUCAACGGAACACUUCAUUUCAAGUUGGCCAUUCCCAAGGUGGCUAGCUCAGAGUAUGAGCAGGCUGAAUUCCAGUAUCUGCCACUGCUGGAUGCCAGCCGUGACCGGGAGCUUGUUAAUAUCUUGCCAGACUUCUUGACUGUUGAUAUUACUUUCAGGCGAGACCAGGCAUCCAAGUUUCAUACACGGGUGAUUGAUGCCCUGACUAAACGGCGGACUAGCACAUCAUGA